GGAAGUAAUUCUGAAUAUUAAAGUCAAUCUACGCAUGCGUUAAGGAAUGAAAACAUGGCGACUUUCCUAUCGAACAGGUUUCCAAACGGAACGAAAAAGAAGUGCUGUUUUACGCCAGAAUAGCAUGCAAUAUGCAAGUUCAAUACGAUAUUAACCGCCCUUAAUAUGUCUAUAUUAUGUAUGGUUCUUAAACUGUGUAGUUUUUCUUGUAACCAGUGUUGUACUUGUAAAGUGCAAAUACAGGUGUCAACAGUAUGUCAAUCUUAAACAGCUUCCGAAAAUUCUUUCGACUUGGAGGAGAUGAAGCAGCUCGUAGGAAAUCAGCGUAUAAAAAUAUCACAAGAGAUGUCGACCCUGGCCAUAAAUGGGAUAUAGUGGGAGAACUUGGAGACGGGGCUUUUGGUAAAGUUUACAAGGCCCAAAAUAAGGAGAAUGGUUCCCUUGCUGCCCUGAAGCAAGUAGAAAUUAAAUCUGAGGAGGAUAUAGAAGACUUCUCGAUAGAAAUUGACAUCCUCACAGAAUGCCGCCACGAGAAUGUAGUGGGACUCUACGAAGCCUUUGUCUUCGAUGGGAAGCUAUUGAUGUAUAUAGAGUUUUGUGGGGGCGGGGCCAUAGACAGCAUCAUGGUAGAGCUGGAGAAGCCCUUGACCGAGAACCAGAUCCGCUAUGUCUGUAACAAGAUGUGCUGUGGACUAGACUACCUCCAUAACAACAAAGUCAUCCACAGGGAUCUCAAGGCUGGCAAUGUACUAUUAACAUCGGAGGGGGAUGUCAAGUUAGCUGAUUUUGGAGUUUCUGCCAAGAACACACGAACAAACCAGAGGAGAGACUCAUUUAUUGGUACUCCAUAUUGGAUGGCUCCAGAGGUUAUAAUGUGUGAAACACUAAAAGACAGUCCUUACAACUUCAAGGCUGAUAUAUGGUCACUAGGAGUCACCUUGAUCGAGUUUGCUCAGAUAGAACCUCCCAAUCACGACAUGCAUCCAAUGAGGGUUUUGAUUAAAAUACAGAAAUCAGAUCCUCCAUCACUUGCCAAGCCAACUAGAUGGUCUAAAAAAUUUAGAGAGUUUAUAGCAAUAUGUCUUGUAAAAAAUCCUGAACAGAGACCAAUAGCAAAAGAAUUGCUAGAGCAUCCAUUCAUAGCAGGUUAUGAUGAUAAGAAAGAAGUGCUGAACUUGGUGAUGGAGUCUAAAGCGGAGGUGGAAGAGACAGUGGAGGAUCUUCCAGAGGACCAAGAAAUCUUAGAAAUGAAGCGCCAUAUGAGCGAUGUGUCAUCAAGAAUAAUAAACCUAGAAGAAGAUGACCAAGAAUCAGAUAGUAAAGCAACUACUCCAGAAAAAGAGGAAGCCAAGGACAGUGAAAAAGUGAAGGUGCCGGACGAGCCUGCGAAACCAGUACAGAAACCAUCCACUCCUGAACCAGUGGCCAAGGUGGAACCAGAGAAACAGAAGUCAUCUUCCCCCAAACGUGUAGUAGCCCCAGCUCCCCCCAUAGCUGUAGAGGAGAAGAGAGAGGAGGAAAAGCCAGAGCCAAAGUCCAAGGAUGAGGAGGAGAAAGUGGCAGAAACACCUGAGAAACAGGUGGAGGAAAGGGAAGAGGUAGAGAAGCCAGAGAAAGAGGCGAGGGCAGAGGAAAAGAAAGAGGUAGAGAAGCCAGAGAAAGAGGUGGAGGAAAAGAAAGAGGUAGAGAAGCCAGAGAAAGAGGUGGAGGAAAAGAAAGAGGAGGUCCCUCAUGAUGGAGAGGAAAAGAAGGAGGCUGAGAUCGCCAAAGAAAUAAAAGUACCUUCCCCAGAGAAAGAGAAAGGGGACAUGGAGCCAGUAGUAGAUGUGGUGGCAGAGGAGAUCAUUGAUGAUGUCAUUAAGUCCACUAAGCUACAGCCGUCUGUACCAGGAGUUGUGUUAGACACGGUGCAAGAGUUGAUUGAACAAUCUGAAGAGGAAGAGGAGGAAGAGGAAUAUGAUAUGUCAGAUAUUGAGGUUGAACUUGACCAAGGAAAGAAUAAGGAGAAGAAAGAAGUGAUUUCUGAAGAACCUGCCAAAGUUCCCUCUGAGGAACCAGUGAAAGAACCUGCCAAGGUUACAGAACCAGAAAAGGAUGUGGUAGAGGUGGAGAAGAUUGACAAAGUUGAAGAAAAAAAAGAAAUUGAGGAAUCAAAUGUUGGCAAAAGUUCAGAAGAGGAGAUCCAGGUGGUGAAGGUGACUAUUACUGAUGAGGACAGUACCAGUGAACACAGUGAUAAAACGAGUGAAUCCGAGAAAAAGGACUCGGUGAUCACAGUCAAUGGACAAAUUCUACCUGAUAAAGGAAUAACUAUAAAUGGACAACCUGUUCCAUCCUCAGGGACGACGGUGGUUAUCAAUGGAGAUGUGGGAGGAAUAAAGCUAUCGCCUUCCCUGGAUAACAGUAUAGACAAAAGUAUGACUAACAGCAGUGAUAGCACAGAGAUUGUACCUCAGACCGACCUGGAUACUUUCGAAACAAAAGUAGUUAAAGAGCCAAAACGAAAAUCGAAGGAUCUCUCGAAUGCGAAUACCGUGGAGGAGGAUCAGAAGUCCGACACGGAGAGUGUCACCACGGUGGAUAGUCUGGGUGAUGGAGAGAAGAAGGCGGAGGGCCCCGUGGAGAGGCGGAGUAAAUCACACAUCAGAGGGCGCAGUGAGAGUAAGAGUCAAUACAGAACAAUGACUAAAACCAGAAAGUACAUGAAAGAUGGAGAACUGGUGACCAGCACCACCCAGAGGGUUGUCCACGCUGGGGAGGAGCACAAAAUGCGAGAGGAAUAUCACAACAGGAAGAAUGACUUGCGUGAGCUUAAAAUGCUGCAAAAGCAGGAAAACAAACAGCACCAGGACCUCACGUAUAAGUCCCAUUGUGCUCGUGAGGACCAGGAGCGCAAGUUUGAAAUGGACAUGCAGACUUUGGUGAAGAAUUAUGAUCAGGAUAUGGAAACACUCACUAAAACUCAAAAACAACAGGUAGAGAAGGCAGAACAGAGUCAGACGGUAGACAUGAAAAGUGCAGCUAAACGCCUUAAAGUAGACCAGGAGAAAGAAUACAAAUUGUUCAAAGAACAGCAGAAACAAGAGUUGAAACUCUUGAGACAAGAACUAGAUCUCGAUCAAAAGAAGGACAAAAAGGAGGUCCUAAAGAAACGCAAGGACCAAAAGGAUAUUGAACUCCAAGAAAAGGAACGUCAGUUUUUGGAGAACCAGUCAGAGCGACAGGAGAGACACAUGAAGCAGUUAGCUGAAGUACAUCGACAGAAAGUGGCACUGCUGGAGAGCCAGUUCCUUCAGCAGAAACAACAGCUUCUCAGGGGGAGAGAAGCUGCAAUAUGGGAGAUGGAAAAGCAACAAUUACACGAGAAACACCAGCUGGCCAAGAGUCAACUAAAGGACCUCUUCUUCCUUAAACGCCACCAGAUGUUGACCAGGCACCAAAAGGAAGUAGAGCAAAUGAAGAGAAGUAACACGGCCAAAGAAGACGAAAUGCAGAGAAGACAUGCUCUAGAAAAAAAACGUCUCCCCAAGAUACAGAAGAGUGAGGCCAAGACUCGGGCUCAGAUGUUCAAACAGAGUCUGAGAUUGAGCACAGUCGGCUCACCAGAGGACGACAGGGCCAAGAUGAAGCAGAAGCCAUUUGAACUAAAACGACAGUUUGAGGAGAACGAAAAGAAAAGGAUGAAGGCGGAGCAACAGCGACAGGAGCAGAAGCACAAGAAACAGUGGGAGGAGCUUGUCUAUCGUAACGAGAACAGUCUCCGGGAGCUGGAGCAGUUACAGGCAGAGAAGAGGAAAAUGCUGAUGGAGCAGGAGACACAGAAAAUAAGGGAACUGGACGAACAGUAUGCCAACGAAUUACGAGAAUGGAAGCAGCAGUUGGUGCCAAGGAAACAGAAACUGGAAGAGGAAUUUCAAAGGCAAAAAGAUGAACAAGAAAAGUUUUAUGGAACUGUGAUAAUUACGGGAAAUGAGGGAAUGACAGCACCGCGCCCAGAGUCUGGAAGUGUUCGGAACAAGGAGUCGGUCAAAUCUCGACAUUCUACAGUGAUUUAAUGACAACUCCUUCCAGCAUGGUGCCACAUGCGAUGACUUUUGACAUAGUCUGCGUCUGAUUUCCUUUCCAACGUUUGCUUGUCAUUAUAUAUGUCACAUCCUAAGUCAACUUCUGUGUUCAGUUUCAAAAGUUGCAAAAUUAGAUCAUUUUUCUUUCAUGUAAUAAUCUGAAAUGGUUUCUAAUCUACAGAUUUUUUGUUGUUUUUCAUUCACAUUGUGUCAGAGGAGGGAAUAUAUUCUUCUUUUAUUGUGAACAUUCCUAGUGGCUUGAUCUUUAAGACAUAGCCAUGUUGCAGUCAGUCUGUACUGUUAGAAAUACUGCGUUUAUAUGAUUAUCUCGCGCACACUGUGUUUCUAAGCUGCUCUGAAAUCAACUUAGCAAUAUUAUUUGACCACUGUAAGGGUUGAACUCUGUUUCAGCCUAUUUUGCCAAAAUAUCAUGUACAUUUUGAGAUACUGUAAAGUAAUGCUCCAUAUCGUCUUUCUGUCUUGUUGCUGUACUGUUAAUAUCCGUGUUAUACCUGGAGUAUAUAAAUUUUUGAUAUUGCAAUGUGUGCUGUAGGUUUUAUAGCAUAUGAAACUGAUCAAUGCUCUUUCAGGAGACUUGCUUUUUCUACCUGUACAUUACUGUUUGAUGUGCAAGUUUAUUUAUGCCUUUCAUAAUCCUCAGAUACGAAGUUAAAAGUUUAGACUGAUGUUAGAAUUUUCAAGUUUUAUACCCAAGUGUAAUCUUCAUUUAUGCUAUCAUACUGUCAUACUUUAUCGCUGGUAGCAAAACUGAACUCGAUAUCAUUAUGAUUUACAGUGAAGCUGAUAUCAAUCUGAGAUCAUACCAUAUUUUGUCACAGUCAGAAUCUAAAGGGCUGUGAAGUCAACAGAUAAAAAUACACGUCUGACACUUCCACUGUCAGGUUGCUUUUAUCGUAACUUAUAUACAUAUUCCCAGAAAGGGCUUAUACAUAUUCCCAUAAAGGGCUAUGUUAUUUUAAUAAAUUCAAGAGUAAUUUA